UUUGAUAUCCAGUGCAAUGGAAACAUUUUAUCUCUGGAGUGCGACUCUUGACAAGGCCAACAAAGUUAAACAAUGGGCACGUGACGACGAAGAUGAUCGCAUUUUAAGCUUCAGUAAUGUUUUCCUUGGUGAUAGCAGCAAAGAAAAUGAGCUGAAUGUUGUAAACAUAGAGCAUACGGACGUUGAUGGAGAAGAUGUCAGCUGUGUUUUUUGUGUCCUGCAGAAAGGAGUGACGGACACUAUUCAAAUCCAGCUGAAAACCUCCGAAGACUUCAAGCUUGUUCUCAAAAAAGGAAAUGGUCCAGUGUACGUCAUGGGAACUCAGAGUACCAUGUUUUUCAAUGACAUGGAUGAUGCGAGUAUGGACGAUGAAGAAGAUAUGAACGAAGAAAGCGAGGCUUCUCCUGUGAAAUUGGUGAAAGUAGCUGGGACCAAGAAGAAAAUCAUCGAGACCGAUGAAGAAGACAGAGAAGGCGAAGGCCCAGAGAAAGCGGAGAAAUCUCCUCCUGCUAGGAAGAAGGAAAUUGAAGAACCAAAGGUAUCAAGCAAGCCUGAGCCGAGCAAAAAGCCUGAAGCUGCUAAAUCAGAUAAAACAAAGACUGCGAAGAUCCCAUUACCUGCGAUGGAUCCAGAGGAAGACGAUGAUGAAGAUGAAGGAGACGAAGUACCGAUGCUAGAAACAAACAAAGAUGGAGAAGGUGGAUGAUGACGAGGAAGAAUACGAAGAAAAUGUCGAUGAAAUUAAGAAAUUGAAGGCAAAGUUGGAUUUGGACGACUCAGAAGAUGACGAUGAAGAUGAUGAUGACGACGAUGAUGAAGACAUGUUGGAGGAAGAAGACAAUGA